CUCAAGAACACCAACAGGUGAGCCACCUCUAGAAGGUUGACCAUACCAUACCACCACGAACCUCAGCAAUCGAUUUGACGCCAACUCAGUCGCUCGCCUCUCUCCGGCCUUCCAUAGCUUCGCCUCAUAUCUGUCGGGUCAAUUGAGACCUGGCUGUGAAGCCAAUGAGAUGGCGUUCCCCAACUCCAGCGACGACAAUGGAUUCGACCUAGACAUCGCCGGGUCCCCGGAAUAUCAGAUUCCACCGCCGCAGCUCACACUCCUGCAGCGUCUACUCUUCCGCAAUCCCGAUAACUACUCCAACAAUGUGAAAGUAAUGCUCGACACCGCUGCAGCAGGCAUGGGCCGCCAACCCACUCAGGAUGAGGUCAACGUCCUCAGCCAACUAGCCUACAAAGAAGCCGCAACCGCGGCAUGGACUGUUCCCGUCACCGUUGCGUUGGCCGGUUUCUUGACUUGGCAAACCCGUGGUACCUACCGCUUCCCUUUUUGGCAACCCAAAUUCAUCAAAUUCACUCCCGAUGCCUUUCCAAGUGCCUCUAGGCCGCUUCUCCAGGGUCGUCUCGCGAACCGCGCAUGGCACAAUACGAGGUUCACAGCCUACUUCCUCCUUACUAGUCUCGGCAUCGCCCCUUUUGUCGCCUCAUAUGCCACCUCAGUAGCCAUGGCAUCCGCCGCUCGCGAUGAACGCCUCAACCAGUUCCGCAAGGACAUGAAGCCGGAGAGGCUAGUCCAGAUGACGGCCGAUAAAAUGCCAGUCACCGCCUUGAAGCGCCAGCGCCAGCGGACUGCGGAAGCCAUCAGCCAACUCGAAAAGUCGCUGGCUGCGUUGCCCCAGUCGGAUGAAAAGAUCAGGGAAACAACCCCGCUUAUACAGAAAAGGAUUGAUGAGUAUCGCAAGAUACUGGCCCACAUUGAUGCAAUCCUCGAGAGGAGGGGCGAAGGCAGCGCUGGGGACGACGGGUCAGCGCAGAACAGGGACUACGAGACACUCUCUGCUUCGAGCUCUACGGGAGGGUACAGUCUACCCUCGGAAUCCAACUACUCUUCUCCGACAAGCUACUCGAGAGAUCCGCCAUCUUCCGAGGGCCGAUCAGGAUGGGGCUCGGGCCAGCAGAGCUCGUCUCCCCAACGGAGCAGCAGCAGAUCCUCAGACGACUUGGACUAUGACGAUGCAUCACCUCUUUCGCCCGCCGCGAGAGCCCAGUCAUCAUCUUACCCCAGCACCGGCUCAGCGUGGGAUCGUCUACGACAAGCCUCAAGACAGCCUCCGCGAGCUUCUGGGAAUGACAACCAGAGCCAACAGGACGAGGCUAAGGGUGCGGAUUACUAUGCGUAUGACGCCGCUGAAAAGGAGAGAAAUGCGGAGAAGGAUAAGGCCCAGGCCGAGUUUGAUGCGAUGCUCGAACGUGAAAGAAGGGGUAACGCGGGGCAGGGCACUGAGCGGAAUAGCCGUUGGUGAUGUGUACUUCUGUUACGUGUAAUGGCACAUUAUUUGCGGUCAAGAUCGUCGAGUGUUUAUUGCAAGGUCAUGCUUGUAUAUACCUGUAUGAUAUCAAUGUACUCCGGCCCGUAUCAUUUCUGAAGGUUUCCUCGGGCCGCGACUUUGCCAGAGGAAGGAGAGGUAUACAAUCGAUCCAAAGACGUCGAAUUGUCACCAAGGCCCAUGGCGUGGCGGGGAAUGUCCUCGUUUGAAUGGCCCCGCUCCCAUGGGUCACGAGUUCGAGUCUCGUGAAAAAUCGCUAGCAUCGAUACCACUGAGGAAUAGUAGGUAAAGAGUGAGCCUGGCGAUUUUCGUAGGCCCCCCAUGAGGGGGGCUGAGCUUUUGCAUUUAUAUCCGUUUUUCUACACGAAUUACGUUUUUCUUUUUCCCCUUCUUCCACUAAUGCUUUCAUUGUUUGCAAUAAUGCAGGUCCCCUUCCGCACGGUGGUCGAUGGGAGAGGAGG